UCUUUAGACACUUCGUACUUCGGUCUGAUCUUCUUGGGGUUAUUGAUUCAGUUCUUCUUCUCGUCUCAUCGGGCUUCUCUGCGCUCCGGUCUCUGUAGCUCAAGGAUUGGUGUGAGAAGUAGUGUAAAUGCAAUGGAUCCGUAUGUUUUUUGAAGACGAUUUUUGUUUGUUAUUCCGGGCUUCUAUUCCCGGUUACUGCUCCAAGCAAACUACAAAAUUGUCAAAGAUGAGCUUUUUAAAGUUCGGCGGCCGGAGGAAAUCGACGGCCGUUGUACUGGCGUUACAACUGUCAGCUUUGGAAUAAUCGGGUUGUUUUCUUUCAACAUCCUUUUUGGGUUCGUUGUUGCGGCGUAUCUGAUUGUUUCUGAGUCUUAUGAUUUAAGCAUUUGUUGUUGGGGGGAAGAAUCAGAAUUUUAGUUUCCAGAUGAUUGAAUUGUGCACAUUUAAGAUCUGAGAAACCAUGGAGGAACUAUUGAUUGUUCUGUUUUUUGGUUGCUAGUUGACCUUUCUGUUUGCUGUGCCAGUGGUCUCAUUUGUGUUUUUGGGUGAAUCCUGAUCAAUUUUCCUUAAUAUGUUAUUAGUUGUUGGAGUAGUUUUUUUUUUUUUUUUUGGGAUGAUUGUCUGCUUGUGAUGGCACCGAAUUUGGACGUGGUUAGCAUUAAUUCAUUGUUCAAACAUAAAAUUAGGAGGAGAAUUUAACUAAACUAGAUAUAUUAAAUUGAACUAUUUAUUAUGUAUUUGUUGAACCAUUUUUUUUUCUUUUGCUUAUAAGUCCAAAUAAACGCAAGACAUCUAGGCUAAAUUGCCUUUCUUCUCAAGUCGGCCAUAAAGUAUUCCCAGAACCUUCCAUUUUCUAGAUUAUUUUUUAUCCGGCUUAAGGUGAAAAGAUAGGAUUCAAUUUAUUUAAAGUUAUUUCCUACCUAAAAUCAUUUCUAAAACCAAUGUUUUUAUAUUCUUUUUAUCAGUUUCAUUUUCUACAUCAUUCCCACCAUCAAACUUUCUCCCCACUCCUUCGUUUUUGCCCUCCUCUCGUGCAUCACCAUCCUCACCUCACCAUUUUCCACCUUUUUGAAUCAGUAAAUCAAUCACAUUAGAGGAGUAAAGGAAGCUGGAAAAUAUAUAUUUUACUAAAGGAAGGGAAGAGAUGACCGGGAAGGAAAAAAGGGAAAGAGGGAAAGAGUAGAAGAACAAAGGUAACUGGGACUUGGCUUUUAAUUCAUGUAGUUGUAUUUUGGUGUGUUUUGCUGGGUAGUUUCUUGGUUUGGGGUAAUUGAAUUGGCAUUAGAACUAGUGAAUUGAAUUGGGAGCUCUCGUUGGGACAAUUCCGGUUCGGUGGGUAGCUUGCUAGUUUAAUUUUGUUGCCUAUAUGAUAUCUAUUCCCAUUGAUUUUGUUUUUGCCAUUUCCUACUGGUUCAAAUGGAAUAUAUUUGCUUGGAAUUGAGGCCUAUCGCCAGAAAACAGAGGGGGAGAGAAAGAUGAUUGUUUGCUGCUAUUGUAUUGUUUUUCAAUGAAAAUGAUUUUGUCAAACAUACUGUAAAUGUUGAGUUUUUUAAUGUCGUGUCAUCGGGAUUUAUGGUCUAUCUUUAUUGAAUUAGGUGCUAUAGGUGAAGGGUAAUGGUGGUGAAGACGUUGCAGCUCUCAUGUUAUUCUUGUUGCUAGUUGAUAAUUAAAUAAGGAAGACAGAAUGCAUGUUAUGAUGGUGAUGAUGAUGAUGUCUCUGUUUUAUGGUUGAUGAUGCUUCUGUUUUGCUAUUUCUUGCUAAUUUUGUGUGUGAGAAUGGGGAGGGGAAAGAGAGGGAGCAGAGGAGCUUGGAGUUUUAUUCGUAAAUUUCAAGAAAAGAAAGAAAGCUUAAGUGUGGGUCGGAUUGGUAGCUGGUGUAGUGAGCUGGGGCUUUGAAGCUUUUAUGGGAAUAAAACUAAGAUUUAGGUUAGCUCUUCUUGUUAAUCGUUAGUUGAUUUAGGAAAAUAAACAGUAGCUAAACUAUAGAAUUCUUAUAUUCUUAUGUUUGAUAGAAAUUGUUGUCUAGACAAUAUCACCUGCAGCUUGUGCCUCUUUUGACAGGAAUUUUCUGUAAACCAAGUUCUGGUUUAGCUCUCUUGGGUCAGGUAGUUCUCUCCUUUAGGUAACUCGUCUGCUGACAUAUUUGUCUGCUGUUCUUAUUCCAUGAUAAAACUAUCACACACGAUUGUUUUUUUCUAUCCUGUUAUCAUUCGAAUUUGCCAUAAUUGCAGUGACUAAUUCCCGUGUGGAUAAAAAGUAUUUAUAGUGGAAAAUACAUUGUUGAAUUUCCCUUUUGAAGUUGACUGGUUUGUUGAUUAUCAGUUGACUUGAAAUUUUAGUAUUGUCUAAUUUACUUUGUGGUCGAGUAUCUAUCUCUUGGCUGAUAUAGUGUUGUGAUAGGGAUAAACUUAUGUUCAUAUUUUUCCCAUCAACAUCUCUUGAUUAUUUCUUUUUCACUGACUUGCAGUGAGGAGUGAGAAUGAGUAUGCUUUCAAGGAGGUUGCUAUCAUCCCGUGCUAAGGUUGGAGAACUUUGGCGAGCCUGUUCUAGUCUCCCUAGAUCAACUAUUUCCGGCUCCCAACAUGAUACUACAUUACCAUCAUUGGGAACUUUUCCAGCAGCGGCUGCUAGAUCUAGAUUUGUGUCUUUAUCUCCUCAAGGAAACUUUCGAGCCUUCUCAUCCCUCCCUUCUACGAAUGAACAUGCCAAAGCUGGUACUCAACCACGUAAUGCUGUCCCAGAACUACCAGUGCGGGUUAAGUAUUUGAAUACAGUUGCCCUACUUCCGUUGAUGGCAGUCCGUGAGAAAAUAUCUUCCAGUAUACUACUUAACCUUUCUCUGUUCUGGCACAUAAACCAUGGUGUGAAGGAGAUUAUGGCAGACUAUGUUCACCAUGAAAUUUCCCGAUAUUGGAUCAUGAUAGUUCCUGUCCAAAAUCAUGCUAAAACAAUCACACCAGAAAUUGCCUCAUUUUCUCUUCUAGCUUCCGAGAUCGACUACUUCAAACGUAACAGUAAAAUUUCAAACUCUGAAAUAGAAAGUAGAAACCUUCUCAAAGUUCUUCGAAAGAAAUUUGCAAAGAUGCAGAAUGAGGAGGGACAGAACAUGGAUCUUUACAUUCCAAGGAAAUGCUCUGCAACCAAUAGGUUGAUUACUUCCAAGGAUCACGCCUCUGUUCAGCUGAACAUUGGCCAUUUGGAUGAGCAUGGUGUGUACACGGGCAACUUUUCUACCUUUGCCCUAUGCGGUUUUGUCCGUGCUCAGGGUGAUGCUGACAGUGCCCUUGAUCGCCUAUGGCAAAAGAAGAAGGAGAAGGUUGAUGUACGCCAGCAGUAG